UGGUUUUGAUCUACGCUCCACUUCUGGUUUCUGCAGGACUUGAGCGACCCCUUAAUGGUGAUGUUCGAGCAGCCAGAGGAAGAGGAGGGUGCCGUUGCCCAAGAGGAGAACACGUUCGAGGUGACGGAGGCCAUUCCAGAUGUUGAGCUUUUUGGCUUCAAGAUCAACACCCGUUCAAUCCAAGUCUUCAGUGGAGUGUGGGUAGCCUACUCCCAUGUGGACUUUUCCGGUAACCAAUACAUCCUGGAGAAAGGCUUCUAUAGUACGAGUGCCGACUGGGGUUCCCGUGACACUCGCAUCUGUUCCGUGCAGCCAGUUCGUUUGGCUCCAGCUGACGGUAACAGGACCAGAAAUGAGGUGAGUCUUUUAAUUUUUCCCAACUUAUUUUUAACAGCACCUUGUUCAAUGUUCUAAAUAACUCAAACGUGUGUAUCACAGAACGUUAUUGCGUUG